AUGAGUAAAAAACAUUUAGUCGAGGAGAUGAUCAUUAUUAGAGAAGAAAUGAGAAAUAUAAAUGUAAAUAUAUAAAUUUUAAUAAAGAAUAGAAUAUAGACAACAAACUCCACUAAAAUUUUUGAAUUCACACCUCAUUAAAAUAAAAAUUAAAAGAUUAGAAAAUAUUGUUAUUAAUUGAUUGCUUUAAAACCUAAAUUAUUCAUUAAAUAUUUUAUAUCAGAAUAAUAUAUACAUGAAUUACUGAAAAAAAUGGAUUAUGAAAAAUUGCUUCAAAUUUCAUUGAAAUUUAUCGUUAAAUAUUUAUAAUGUUAAGAAAAUUCAGAAAUUUAAUAAAAUCAUUCGAAUUCACCAAAUAAUAUUAAAGAUGUUCAAAAAGUUAAUAAAAUAAUUAGAGAUAUUGUUUCGCCAAUAAAGACAAAAAUUAUUUCAUAAUCAUAAUUCUUUGAUAAUUAGUUAAAAAAUAUUAAUAAAUCAUGUUAAACUUUACCUUAAAAUUAAGAAAGUUAAUCAAAAAAUAAUUUUAAUUUAGGUAUUCGUCAAUAAUCUUCUAUAUUAUCAUCAAUAUAAUAAGACAAUAUAAAUUCACCAAAAUUUAAUGAAAAUAUUAUAAAUGCAAUUAAUGAGAUCUCAUUUGAAAGAUCUUCUAUUAAAAAAGAUAAUUAAAAUAUGAAAUAGAUUGAUUAAUAGUUUGAUAACUAAAAUUAAAAAUUAAAUCACUCUCAAAUUAAUAAUUAUAAAUAAAUGGAUUAAGAUAUUAGUGUAAUAACUACACCAAAAUAGAAAGAAUUUGAGAAUUAUAAAUAAACAUUGAAUACAAGCAUGAAUAGUUCAUUUAAGGAUACAAAAAGAAAAUUUUAAAACAAAUCUUUACUUGAAUUAAAAAAUCUCGAAAAAUUAGAUGAUAAAAGAUUUCCAAAAAAAGAAAUUCCAUACACGAUGCUAUCUGUAGAUUAUGUACGUAAGAGAAGAAAAACACCUGAAAAAAAUAGAGGCUUUAAUAUUAUUACAAAUUAUUGA